UCUAGGAACAAAAGCCCACUUGUUAUUCACCACCAUCCUCUGGCCUCUAUGGCUCCUCUAUAUAUCCCCAUGGCGUCCGACAGGCCAAACUCCAUGUCCAACCAUCCAAGAACACACACACCUAGUACUGCUGUGUUGUCACAUACGUACACAGCCAAAAUCUCCUGAUCCAACACGCAGCUUGAUUUAAUUUGUCACUACAUUAUAUUGCUGUUGUUUUCGUAGCUGCACUUGCAUUGCAUCGAAGAUGAAGACCAAGGCGUCCACGUUCCUGAAGCAGAUGGUGUCGACCAUCGUGGCGGUGGUCAAGGCCAAGUCGACGGUGGUGCGAGCCAAGACGAGCGCACUCAAGACGCGCCUCCUCAUCCUCGGCAUCCUCCGCAACAAGAAGCUGCUCAUGAGCGCCAUCAACCACAAGAUCCACUCCAUCAUGGGCCAGCAGGACAACGCCAGGAACACUAAGGACGAGGCCGUCAACAGCGACGACGACGGCAGCAAGAAGGCCGUCGUGCUCUACACGGCGCCGAGCUAUAGCUUCUCCACGGAGCUCGGCACCCAUGAGGCAGCUGAGGUGGAGGAGGAGGAGGACAGCGACGACUACCUGACGCACACGCUGUUCGCCGAGGAGGAGGGGGACGACGACGAGCUGGUGAACGCGCCGGGGUCGGUGAUCGACGUGAUGCGCGACGCCAGGGAGAGGGAGGAGGGCGAGGGCGCUGAGUUCCGCCUCGAGGACGAGAUCGACCACGUCGCCGACGUCUUCAUCCGCCGCAUCCACAAGCAGCUCAAGCUGCAGAAGCUCGACUCCUUCAAGAGGUUCUGCGAGAUGCUCGAGAGGAGCGCCUGAUGAUCGAUGAUCCACUCUACUACUAGUCCACUACCAACCAGUGUGCAUGGCGAAAUUAAGAUUAAGAGGCUUGCUUCUUCUUCUUCUUCUUUUCUCCCAAUCUCAGCACAAUUAAGUCUA